GCCUUAGAGCGCGUCUGUCUUCUGUAAUUGCUGCAUUAAGCAGUCAGUUCGUAGGCAGAGAGGACGCGUUGUGAAGAUGUGGACGCUGGGUUUGUGCUUGUUGCUGUUGGGGGCAGUCGGCUCUGAGGUGGUGACGUUCCAGAACUGCCCUGUUUCGGAUGAAGAACCGGCACUUGCGCCAAACUGUACCGUACACGAAGUCAGGAUCACGCCGUGCGCAGACGCGACAGAAAAUAAACCCUGCAAGAUAAAGAGAGGUCGAUCAGCUUCUAUCUCAGUCGACUUCACACCCACUGUGUCUGGCGACGGCCUGACGGGCAAAAUCUUCUGGGUUAAUCAAAUGGGAGACCUGCCCUUUGUGGGCAUGAACAGCGAUGCGUGUUCCUUCACGACCUGCCCCAUCCAGGCAGGCAACAGACAGACGUACGAGUACCAGCUGAGCGUCUCGAAGAAGUUUCCCGUGAGGGCGUAUGACAUAAAAUGGCGGCUGUGGAACGAGACGUCGGACGUUUUGGAGUGUUGUUUUAUUACCAAGAUCAAGCUGACCAAGUAAUGAGGCGAGACUGAUUUCAAGCGAAUCACAGUUCAGACGUAAACGUCGAAAGUCAUCGGAGUGGGAAUGUAAAAAAAUAUUAAAAUAUUAAGUACGGACAAGAAACCGAUAUUUGGGGGGGGGGGAGUAUUUUAACAGAUCAUCGCAUCUAAACACAUGCGAAGUUGUUUCUAUGAGAAUAUGCCCCGCUACACACUUAAUUCUGUCUUUGUAACCACGCUAACACCUUUCAGAUAUUUUGACGACUGCGAAACGUCGGUCCCGUUCAAGUAACGUGAACUGCUUUGCCAGCAGUGGAGUGACACCGAAUGAAAGUCGAAAUAUUUUUGUAAGGCGAAACAUGUGUUACAUCGUACUGACGUAUUUGUGUUCAUUUAUAGAGAUAUAUUUUAAAGACUUUAACUUAAUUAUAGGCUAAAUGGAUCGAACUGUUUACUGGAAUAUAAUGCACACCGUCUGCACUCCAAAUUUCCCAGAAAAUUUGACUUCGCAUUAUAUUUCCCUUCACGUAAAUAUAUCUUUGACUGGUUUAUAAAAGAAUUGAAACUUCGGUAUCUGCUUGCUGUAAUUAGAACAUUAGAAAAUAAAUAUUUGUGUAAUUUAAAUAUAAAACUUUUUUGUCGUUAAUUUAACUUUUUAAAAUAUUGGUGGCCAUUAUAUUUUAGCGCAUAAAAUUUGAAAAAAAUCUUGAAAGUAUUUCUGAUAAUACAAAAUCCAAACCAGGAUCACUGCCUUUAUUCCAGUUAAAAGGUUUAUUAAAUUCCUUUUCUCCUAAUUUUGAGGAAAGAGUCCUCUGGACACUUCUGCCUCUAUAUUAUUCUCAGGGAGAAGAAUCAUCUGGAUACGCAGAACAACUCUUUGGAAGGGAAAUCUUACCUUUGCAAGGCCUCUACGGGAAAUUUAGUUUUCCAUGUGUUCAAUACCUGCACCGACGCAGCUGAAUUGGCAGUUAUACACAGGCCUGCAAACCUGAUGUUGCCGGCAUCUUGAUGGUCACGUGUCUCAACAAUGGCGACGCGAAAACAAGAGACACACAACGGCCGUAUCAACAGGAGACCAGAAAAAACGUCACACGUUGUGAUAAAUGUUUCGUUCGUUUCGUGGCCUGUGUUGUAAAAUAACGGAUAAGCUGUACAAUUGCCCCCGAGUAGCCCGUAUUUCAGAAUUUUAAUAAAAUAUUUUAAAUACGA